AUGGGAAGGCGCCGCUGGAGAAUUGUAACUAUUGCUGCUUUUCUGCUUUUUAUCAUAAAGGAUACACAAUGUCAAGAUGAAAACGACUUCUACUAUACGCCAGUGGAAAGAAACUUUGCUCAAGUUCAGCCGCCUUUGUUUCCAAACACUCGAUCAUCUUCAUUUUUUGAACAAGAAGAUAGAUAUAGUGUCUCGCCUAAUACCCAAAAACCUUUGUACAACAGUGGGCAAUUAUCAUCUCCGGAUAAAGAUUUAAAUAAAUCCCACAUAUCUUCUUCUACCAAUCGAACACCAACAUCUGAAAUAUCAAAUGAAGAUGACAGUGAAGAAGUAGAUGAAGAAGGUGAAUACGUUGAAUACUAUGAUGAGCCAGAAAAUACUGAAAUCAAAACAACUACAGCUUCUGCACCUGAAUCAUCUACAGACCAAGUUACUGAUAUAUAUGACGAGUACGAUGCUACCGAAGUAGAUACCGAAAAAGAGGAAUAUAAGCCCAAAGAAAAUAAGCCCCCGGAAGAUUUAUUUAAAAAAAUUCAAAAAGAUGAUCUAAGCAAACUACUUCCUCUCGGUUAUAAGCCCCCUGAUUCUGAACCAUCAAAACCUGAUGAUGAUAGUGAUAUUUUAGAGGAAUCCACCGAAUCAAGUGCUAGCACCACAAGUACAAAGGCUCCGGGUGGAAUAAAGUUAGUUUUCCCUUCAAGACCUGGUGGAAAGAUGACACGAAAAACUACACCAAAACCAAGUUCGGAAAUGGGUCCAAGCCCAGUGACACCGAAAAUUCAAAAGGGCUGGCCAACAAGGGCUUCUACUGAAUUUACGGGCUGGCCGUCUCCGUCUACUACUCCAUUUUCCAUUGAAAAACUUUUGGAGGCUCAAAGAAACGCCACUGCUACAACUCCUUUUAAUAUUUUGAGUACCGAAUCAACCACGAGACGAAUUACGACAACGACUACCACGACUGCAGCACCUCCAGCGCCCACUACACCUGGCAUUUGUCGACAUGAAUGUGAUAUAGCAGCUACUAUAAAAAUUGUUGCAGGUGUUAAAUGGGUACCUGAGUUGUUAGAUCAUCAUACAGAAGAAUGGCAGAAAUUAGCAAAGGAAGUGAAAGAAGAGUUGAAUUCAGUGUACUCAAAAUCAGACCUUUUGAGAAAGUGGUACAAAGGCAUUCGCAUCGAUGGAUUUACUCAGGGAUCAGUCCUCGUUGACUAUUUCAUAGAAUUAAACGAUGUUGAGGGGAGAGUGGAUACAUUACAAUUAAAAAGAUUAUUUCACAAAUCGCUUAACGAAGCUAAGAUAGGAUCUGUAAUGGAAGAGCAAGUUAUAGAGGAAAUAUUUGAUCCCGAUGUGAUGCUGGGUGAUGAACCCGAUGAAGAUAAAAUGAGAAAGAGCAACGAACAAAUGACAAAGACAAUAGAUAAAUCUGCCGGAAAAUUAGAAAUGGGAAAGUUUAUAAUGGAUCCAGCUUAUACAGAAUUUAUUGUAUUACCAAAGCGGGGAGAACCUACUGUUAUCCAACCUGAUGAGGAAGCGUUCCUCCCGCAAUGGGGUAUAGCAGUAAUUGUUAUUGCUAUGGCUUCACUACUCUUCGUCAUUAUCUUUGGUGUUACCGUGCUGGUUAAUCGCCAAAAAAGUGCAAAAGCAAAACAACCAAUACCUUUAAGUGAAGAUAUGCUAAGAGAAUUAGAUAAAAGCCAUAUGGGAGGUUUUGAAGAUACACAUCAAAUGAAGGAACGCGAUUUGCCGUAUAUCCCCUCAGGGAAGCGAAUGUCAACGGCGUUUAUUGAACAGCUCGCGUACCCAAACCCUGGCGAUUCGUGGAGAUCAGAGUGGACGCCGCAAUUAAACAAGUACAUGCAACAUUACACACCCGACUCCGGGCGUGGCUCGCAGUUGUAUGGAGCUACUGGAAACGGCUACGGCUAUGGAGGCUCUCAGUUGUAUGGGCAGACAGGCGGCGGUUCGCAAGUAUACGGAUACACCGGCGAGUAUCCUCGUUCUCACUACUCGCGUCGUCGUUCCGACUACGAUAGCAACUUC